UUGGCCGAGCAGAGGUGAAAGAUGAUGAGUCCGUCCCAUAACAACAAAACUUUACAAGCCGUGGACCAUGGAGCACUUUGAUCUUGAUGCGAUAUUCCUUAUUGACCUCGAAGAUGACGAGGAGGAAGAUGACACAGAACAAAACGAAGUCCCCUGGUUCUCGGGGGCACACAGACGCCGCAACGCAUGCCGCGAGUGCGGGAUGUGGAGCAUUAUUGGCCCCCGAUACGAAGUGGAUCCGCGGCUUUCAUACGGCAGACCCGCCUACUCCAUUUGCAGACAGUGCUGGCUCUUUAACCACGACGAUGAGGAUCAGGAGCGGUUCCGGAUUGCCAAACACGGAGUCACGCGCUUCAAUGCUCCAGCAGAAAAGGAAACAUUGCGUCUCAAGUGGAACGACGAUGGCAUUGCUCCCAAUCCAGAUUUACCCUACGGAGUGAAAGCAUUGAAGCUCGACAUUGCCAGGAAUUGUCCGCCCUGCAAAUAUAAAGUCUUGACGCAAUCCUACGUGUGCAACUUGCAGCAGCUGGACGUGACUGUUCACGGAGCGGCUGAAAAGGCAGGGGCCAUCAAAGCUCUCGUGGCGGCUCUGCAGGGGAUGAUGUGGGAAAAUAUCCGCUGGGUUUCUCUUACGCUUCGAGUUGUGGGCGAUGAGAAUCAAGACGAAGUUGCAAAGGUAUUGAACGAACUCCUGCUUACCACAUACGUCCACCAUUUGAGCCUUCGUGUGCUUUGUCAAGCGAGUGGGACACUGCUCGACAUGGCAUGGUUGGAAGACGGUCUCUUUGACAGUCUCGCGCACACUCAUGUUCGGACCUUUGGCUACUUUGGCAUUCUUCCUGUGAAAGAUCACAACCAGAAAAAAGCAUGGAGAGCCAUGGAAAUGAAUCCAAACCUCCGACGCAUUCACGUCCAUCCUCGCUUUCAAAGUAACAAUGACAACCACCUCUCGUUUCUGUCAGCACAGAAAAGACAUGAUUGGAGGCGGCUUUGGAUUCAAGGGGAGCGGGAAGAUUAUUUGUAUUUAGGAAAAGAGAGGGCGCCCACGCCCUAUAUUAUGCAAAUGCACGAAGCAGACCCACCAAAGAUAACCAAAGGAAGAGGGUUUGUCCUCCAAGAAGCCAUUGAGCAUCCGCUCAAGUUUGACAAGGUGCAGAUCCUGUAUCAUUUUCUUCGCAUGCAUCCGACCGUGAUUUCCGAAGCAGCCGCUGUGCUGUUGAUGCCUCCCGAGACUCAAUCCUCGUUUUUACAGCGGCGGAUGGAUCUUCAAGCCGAGACAGAGAGCCGAGAGCGACAACGCUGUCUGCCAGUGUUGGUUGAGGAGCUGGAGAAACACGAUGAAAAAUAUAAGGAACAUGUCAAGAACAAAUUAGAGACACGCAACGACAUGCCGCAAGCCCAUGAGAAGCCAACGAGGGUCAAAUGGCGACCAUGGAGGCGACUUCAGUGUCGAUGGCCCCGAAGAAAGGUUCGAAAAGGGAAAACGGUGUAGGCAUUGCCAGUGUUGAUUGUGUGAAUAAUAUUUAUUUAAGAAAUCGAAUGGGUGGAUCCACCCGCAAGAACUGGUCAUAGAUUCCUCGUCAUUUUCGUCCUCCUUUCUUGUCAUUGCCGGUACUUGUAUGCUAACUAAAUUAAUCCAUGGUAAUGUCCAUUUUGACACCAUCCAUAGUUCCAUCCUUGCUGGUAUCCCGAUUGACACAUUUUCGGUAGAGUCCCAAGAAUGCUUGUAGAUUGUCGUCUGUGGUCAAUCCAUCCAAGGUGUUCAUAUCGUCUGGAGCGAGUUCAAAAUCAAAAACUUGUCCAUUUUCAAUCAUGCGUUCGGUCUUGACGGAUUUGGGUACGUAUACGAAUCCCUUUUGCACACACCACCGGCCCAAGAUUUGUGCGACGGACUUUUGGUACUUGUUGGCGAUUUCUACGAGCGUGGGAUGAUCCAUGGCUUUUCCAUCUCGUAGCGAUCGGUAGGAUUGAAGGACAAUGCCCUUGUCUUGACAAUAUUGAAUGGUGUUUUUGCGGUAUAGGAAUGGAUUUAUUUCAAUUUGAUUGACCAGUGGGACUUGAUCAAUAUCGGGUGAAUCGAUGAGCUCUUGAAUAUCUUGUACGGCGUAGUUGGAAACGCCAAUGCCUUUGAUUUUUCCUGCCUUUUGCAACUCCUCCAGUGUUUUGUAGGCUUGCACGUGAUGAUUUGGCACGGGCCAGUGAACGAGGUACAAAUCUAGAUAGUCGGUGCCCAAAUCUUGUAGUGUUUUUUCGAACUGUGCCUUGAUCGCCUCUGGUCCUUUUUCAAUGGUGGUAGUCCAUACCUUGCUGCACAAGAAAAGGUCUUUGCGAGGGAUUCCGGACUCUUUGAUGGCUGCUCCCACUUGAGCUUCAUUUCCGUAGAAUUCCGCACAUUCCAAGAACCUGUAUCCCACUUUCAAGGCAUCCAAGACGCAGUCCUUGGCACUUCGUUCGUCUUUAUCAUCAGCUUUGCUGGCACCUGAAACUGCCGAGGAAGCACUGGCCGGCAAAAAUCCCACUUUGUACGUGCCAAAGCCAAUGGCAGGAUGAGCCGUCCCAUCCAGCAAGGGGAUACUGGGACAAUUCAAGAGGGCUUCAGUGGCAGAGUUGGACGACAUGCUCAGAAAUCUUGUAGAUCUUGUAGAUCUUGUACUGCUUGUACUGCUUGCACUGGCACUUGAACUUUUGUUCCAACUGGAGAGAAAUGCCAAUUUCAAGGAGCUUCUGCUGGAAAAGCUGCUUGCUCUGACAAAUACACAAAGGCUCAUGCAAAGCAGCAAAGAGAGUCUCGAUAGAAUGCUGGUAGUAGUAGUAGUAGUAACUGUGCUGUACUUGGCUGUAGGUAUGGCAGGCAUACUGGCAUCCACUGCUAUGCUGCAGACUUUU